AUGAACAUUGACCCUGGCUCUGCUGCAGACGUCCUGUCCCGGCCCAGAGACGCAGAGGUGGUGUGUGCGUUCCAGGAGGACUGUGUGUUGCCGUGCAGGUUCCUGCAGGGGGGCAUGGUCAUCCACUGGUACAAGCAGCAGAUCCCGGUGCACAGCUACUACUACCACAAGGACCAGCUGCGGCUACAGAACAAGCACUUCAGCGGACGCACGCACCUCUUCAACGCACACAUCGCCAACGGCAACGCUUCACUCAUGCUCCGGAGGGUCAAGGUGCAAGACCAAGGCCGUUACAAGUGUUUUACCAGCACCCGCAAGGACAGCCAGGAGACCUUUGUUAACCUCCGGGUCAAAGCUCUGAUCUCACUGGUGAGGAUGGAGAUGACCAAUGAGUCAGUGAGCUGCCAGUCGCAGCACAUCUACCCCGCCCCUGAGGUGUGGUGGUCCACGGACCCGGCCCUCCCUCCACACGCCCUGGUGAACUCCACCCGCACCACGCCAGACUCCAGAGGCCUGUUCACAGUGGAGAGCUCUGUGGGGAUUGUGGGUAAUGUCUCCGACUACACCUACUUCUGCUCCGUCGUCUCGGCAGAUGGGGCUCAGGUGUGGACGGUCUCACACAGACAGCAAGCGGAUAUUGUGGACGAGUCUGGAGGAAGCGUGCUGGUGCCCUGUGUGGCUCCAAAGGACUUCACGCUCCAGAACUUCACGCUCUCCUGGACCUUCAGUCCCAGCAGUGACCCCAGUGUUGACCCCAGCGCUCUCCUGACCUACGACAGUCGCACGCGGCAGACCAGCAUGCCCUCGGAGGGCGUGGAGCUGGACCAGGAGCAGGUGCUGCUGGGAAACGGAUCCCUCCGCCUACUGAGUCCAGAGAGCGCGGAGAACACGGGUCACUACACCUGCACCUUCUCCGCCCUCCAGACCAGACACCUGGUCCAGACCUGGGUCAACAUCACCGACAGGAGUGCAGACGAGGACCACCGUGUGUGUAAGAGGUCCUGGUGGGGGACGGCCGCCUCCAUCUGUGUGUUUGUUGUCACCAUGGCAGCAGGAGUGACCCGCUGCUUCAGGAUGGGAGGAAGCCCAUCAGGACAUGCAAACGGAGGCAAGCUGGUGAAGAUCAGCAUGUCUCAAUUAGAUGUGCCCAUGCUGGCUCUCCCUGGCACAGAUGCCACUGGGUCGGAUGGUUCUGCUCUGAAUGACGGAGGCGGUCUCCGACUCCACGCAGCCAGAGCUGACCAACAUAUCACCCAAGGACACACAGACCGCGGCUCUGGCGACUUCCAGAGACAUCCGAUCCCUGAGUGUGGCGCUGCAGAAAUAGAGCCAUCAGGAGGUGAUGACCCAGGAGAGUUUCUGAGAGGAAGUGAUGUAACAAUCCCUCCGGAGUUUGGAACUGAUUGGCCAGACCCGCCUGUGCCAGGAUGUGAUGCCGGAACGCCAUGCGCACCAGGAAGUGAGUCAGUUGGGCCAGGUCCAGGGGACAGUGACCCAGCAGUCCCUCAGCACACUGGAGGUGGUGAGUCAACACCACAGGUAACAGGAAAUGAUGUCACAACACUUCACACAACAGGAAAUGAUGUGCUAACUCCUGGCAUGCCAGGACAGGUGAUGGUGAUCCACUGCGAAGCAGAAAGAGCUCCGAAAGACCAGACGCAACGACUCAGCUCCGCAAACUCUGACUCAUACUUCCUGAAGCUGGCUCUCUUUCCCUCCCGUAAAGACAUCAUUCCCAACAUCCUAGAGGGCGACGACAGCGUCUUCAUCGUUCCUGAGCAGUUUCAAAUCAACGGGUUCAGGUGA